ACCUUGGGCCACCCCGCGCUCUCUACACCUUGGGCCACCCCGUGCCCCCUACACCUUGGGCCGCCCCGCGCUUCUCGUUUCGCGCCGCGCCCGCCAGGCGACGGCCGGUAUGGCUGUCUGCAUGAAGUUGUGGCAGCUGGAGGCGCUGCUGCAGCAGCUGGACGGGUUUGACCGCCCGAAGGUGACGCUGGAACAGUACGUGACGCCGCCGCACAUCGCGGCGCACCUGCUGCACACAGCGCAGGCGUCGUUCGGCGACCUGGCCGGCCGCAGCGUGGCUGACCUGGGCUGCGGCCCGGCCGUGCUGGCCGCCGGCGCCGCCGCGCUCGGCGCCGGGGCCGUGCUCGCCGUCGACAUCGACGCCGAUGCGCUGGCCGUGGCGCGUGCCAACCUGGACGACGCCGGCCUGACCGCCGUCGAGCUGCUGCACGCUGACGUGGCGCACGUGGUCGACACGUGGCGCGGCCGUGUCGACACCGUGCUCACCAACCCGCCGUUUGGCACCAAGCGCAACGCUGGCGCCGACAUGCUGUUCCUGCAGGCAGGUCUGCGGCUGGCUGAUACGGCCGUCUACUCGCUGCACAAGCGCUCCACGCGGCGUCACGUGGCGCGCCAGGCGGCCGACUGGGGCGCGCGCGCCACCGUUGUGGCCGAGCUGCGCUAUGAUCUGCCCAGCACUUACCGCUUCCACAAGCGCGCCUCGGUGGACAUCGAGGUGGACCUGUGGCGCUCCUGUCCGCAGGCGGCCGCGGACGUGGACCGCUAGGCCCGUGUCGUCUCCUCGAGCCGACACGGACCCAGUUGGCGCUGGCUUCUGAGACCUCUGCGCGAGAACUUUCCUAACGUAACAUUUCCCGAUCGCAUUCCUAACAACUUGCAUUCUGAGGUGCCACACCUGACAGGCUGUCGCGUGUUUUCGGUUUGUGUUUCUGUUUUGUGGCUCAAUUUGUGUCUGGGACCGUACGGCGCGUACGUGUGAAACGCUGACGCUCACUAGGUUUUUGCUUCGGGCCUUAUGUCGUAAUGCAGGUGCAGCGCGUCCAGUGGUGCGUCGCAUACGCUGUCUGCCUGCUUAUUGAGCUCGCAAAUGGUUUGAACCAGUGGACAAUGUUUGGAAAGGGAUGCAUGUAAUAUAUCAAGACUUGUGAA